CAGCACCACACUGUGCGCGCAGUCUGUGCCAGGAAUAGUUAACACAAGCCAUAUUAACGGGGCUUACAGUGACCGACUCACGCUUGAUGGGAUUUUUUUUAUUUUUUUAUUUUGCUGUUUAGGCAUAACGCUAAGUGGAAAUAGUUAAACGUAAAGCUUUGUGAGGCUAGACCUAUUUGCACUUUUGCGCACUAAACUUAAAAGUGGUUUUCGUUAGAGAGUGUUCAAGGUUUCGUGUUUGGCCUUUCGCUCUUCCCUUGACUUUCGUUAACGGUAAAAGUCGCCAGCAUGUUUUCCCUCUUGUACGGACUGUUAUGUAUUUGUGUACUGAGCUGCGGUCAGCCAGGUAGCGGCCAAGCGGACGAUGGGAAACGGUAUAUCUGCCGGGCAGUACCCCUCAGCGGCGAUGACAGUUGCCCUGUGACAUUGUUACCCGAGCUAAACUCCGGAAGUCAGGAAGAAGAACUCAGAAACACCCUCAUGCAGUUACGAGAGACAAUUUUGCAGCAGAAAGAAACCAUUUCCAAACAGCUUGGCACCAUCAACGAACUAACCACCAAGCUGUCCCUCUGCGCAUCAGAGUAUGAAAAGGGGGGUUCUUGGAGCAAAGAAAAACAAAAUACAAUGGGGGAUGUUCCCAGAGAUCCUAAUGAUACAAUCGACAGCCUUGGGAAAACAAUACAAGGGCUCAAGGACCGUUUGGAAAACCUGGAGCAACAGCAGAUGAGGGCCAACAUAUCCGGCGCCUCAUUCCCCAGUGAGCUCCGCGACCUGCUGCAGCGCCGGCUCGGGGAGCUGGAGAAACAGCUCCUGAAGAAAGUCAGCAACCUGGAGGAGGAGAAGAGCAUGCUGUCCAAUGCUACAGCUGCCUACAGGCUGAAGACAGAGAACGCACUGAACGCCCUGGUGGAGAGGAUCAGUGAGCUGGAGAAAGGGGGAGGAGACUUCAAGUCCCCAGAACAGUUUAAACUGUCCCUCCCCCAGCGGACCAACUACCUGUACGGUCGCAUCACUAAGACCCUGCCAGAGUUGUAUGCUUUCACACUCUGUAUGUGGAUCAAGUCCAGUGCUAGCCCUGGCAUAGGGACACCUUUCUCAUAUGGCGUGCCAGGCCAAGCAAAUGAGAUUGUGCUAAUUGAAUGGGGCAAUAACCCAAUAGAGCUGCUCAUUAAUGACAAGGUUGCCCAGCUGCCCUUGGAGGUGCGUGAUGGAAGGUGGCACCACAUCUGCAUCUCCUGGACCACACGGGAUGGCCAAUGGGAGGCUUAUCAAAAUGGGGAGAAGCUAGGUACUGGUGACAACCUGGCGGCCUGGCACCCCAUCAGACCCGGAGGAGUCAUUAUCCUGGGGCAGGAGCAGGACGUGGUGGGAGGGCGCUUUGAUGCCGGACAAGCUUUUGUGGGCGAGCUGAGUCAGGUAAACAUUUGGGACCGCAUUCUGAAAUCCGUCGAGAUCCAGUCUAUGGCCAACUGCAGUUCUUACAUCCCUGGUAAUGUGAUUUCUUGGCUAGCAAGCAAUGUUGAAGUUUUUGGGAGGGGAGCUUUCAAAAGGCCCUUGGAGAUGUGUCUGGAGCGGCUCCCCAAUGCUUAAGAACUGCCUGUCUGCUUCACAUUUGAUUAGGUAGUGUUUCCAUCCAUUCAGCGUUUUUCUCAUUGUCUGCCCUUACUGUUGAACAGUUUAUAAACUUUGUUAUAUUAGUAUGCGUAACACUGUGUUUCAUCUACUUUGCACAGAGAGAUAUUUGGGAUUUGCUCACAUAUACAUGAUAGCUGUAGACAUUCUGACAAUCAGAUCUGUAGAAUCAAAUGUGGGAACACACCAAAGUGCUGCUGUCUAUGGCCUUAUGGCUGCUGUUUCUAGUAGUGUACUUUAAAACUUUAGUACACCCUACACAAACCUCUAGCACAGGUGUAUGCAUGUACUUCUACUGCUACAAAUACACUGGACCAGCAGUUUGGCAGAUGGCCCUGCAUAGCGUGUUAUUUACUGUAGGUUUGAGUCAGCAUCAAUUAAACCUCUGAGCUUGACGUUUUUGGUCAUUGAUGGGGAAUAAUACAAUUUGGCAAUGUGUGUGCUAUGUGGUACUGGCCAGUAUUUGGGUCAUGUGUGCAAUAGAUUUAAUCCUCUAAUAGAAAUGCUGUUGUUCAUGUAGUUGUCCAUCUUAUGUAUGAGUGAACACCUCACUUUACUGGGAAGCUAUGUUAUUGACAUGCAAUACUGAUACCAGUGAUACUAGUGAGUCUAUCAUAAAGCUUUUUCCCUUGCCUUUUUCAUUUGAACAAAACUUGUUAAGGUGAAGAUUCAUGUUGAAAAUAUAUUUAUAGCUGGAAUGUUGUAAAAUCUUUUGAUUUGUGAUUUGUAAUGGCGUUGUGGUGGUGAACUAAGCAUUGAGUGGAAAACUGUCACAGAUUAGACCUAUCAAAACUCUCAGAAAUGUCUUUUGAACUGCUGUAAGUGUGGUGAAAGUUUGUAUUAUUUAGUGUCUCUGUUCAGAAAAAGCUGUUUUUUAAAAUACGAUCUUGGUUUUUAGUACAUGCAUAAGUCACUGUUAACCUUGUCUUGUCACCUUCUAAUGAAGACUUAAGUGCCAUUAAAUGUGUCA